AUGUAUCAUGCAUUGAACACCGAGUUCCUCGGUAGCCAUGAAGAGGGAAAACACCAACUCCAACUCGAUAAAGGAAAUGUUCAGGUUCUUCUCAGGGACCUCUUCAUCUUGCAAGUUGUACGGUUGGUGCUAACUUACAACUUUUCUAACUGUAACUUCGAGGAGAUUUCAAAUAUAUAUUCUGAAGCAAUUUUUCCUGACCUGAAAGAAUAUUUGAAUGGGCGCACAUUCAACCAAAUCGAGGUCUGUGACAACUUGGUGAGUAGAGUGGUCAGCAGUGCUGGCUUUCCCCGGGAGUGGCGGGCAUCCGGGAAGGGAGUCGGGGAAGAGCGCCAGGCUGAGCUCCAGGACAGGCUGCCUGCUGAGCCGAUAGGAGACCUCUGGGCUGCCAGAGCAAGGCUGUCGCUGGGCGGAGCCGGCAGGGGAGGAAGCCCUUCCAGUAGGCGCUCUCGGCUACCCUUGCCAGGCCCCUCCCUCCUGGGGGUUGAUUCCAUUUCCCUCUCUCAACCCAGGCUCUGGAUUCUGAUCCCUGACUCCUUCGUCUGUCUUCCGUUCCUCUCCCCAUCCCCCUUCUUGCCCCCUUCCAUUCAGUUUUUUAAUUUCUGGCGUUUUCUUUGCUCCCUGAACUCUGCCGCUUGUGAGCAGACAGAUUGUCUCAUGAAAAUCGAGUACCAUACUCUCAACCCUAUCCCCGGCUGCCCGUCACUCCCCCAGAAAACAUUCGCCUUGAAAACGAAAGGGGCCCUCAUUAGCCAAUGCCCAGGCUACUCUGAAACUCAGAGAAACAAUCCUCAGGAAAUGAAGCAAGAAGUCGAAAACAUCUGCCUGAAUCAAACUUCACAAAUACAAUGGCUGUGGUUUAUGCUCCGUCAAACUCCAGUAUAAUAAACUUAUCUUUCAUUUUUAUAGUAUGAAAAUAUAUCAUGUUUUAGUAGAUAUAAUACUAAGGGUGUGACAUUUAAAAGAACACUAAUGUUUAGUCUUUAAUUACAGAAAGGAUUCUUAACUUAUUUUUGGCAAAUUGCUACUGUUUAGUGUAGGAGCUUUAAUGGGAGAUGAGCACGGCCCCUCUAAUGUCAAUGGAAAUAUCUGCACUGUUGAUGACCGCCUUCUGAGCAGGGUGUCUCAACUGCACCUGCAGACACCUCACUCUAGGGCAAACCUAAAAGUGUAUAGAGAAGGGAAUUGAAAGUGGAAAAAAAGGUUGGAACCAAUGAUAGCAUCUAAACUCUGUUUAACAGCAAGAAUUUUUCUAUCUGUAAUGAUUCUUCUAACAUUCUUAUAUUUGACUAAGGAGAAAAUGGCAGCAGAGGAGAUUGUACAAACAGUUAUUGCCACAGUGAAGCAGUCUGAAAGAAGCUUGUAGAAAGUAUGGCUGUGAAUGCACUGUAAAUCCAGCUUUAAAAGUGACCUAACAGACAACAGACCCUGAAGUGCCUCUGUGCAGCUACCAGACAUAUAUUUAAAGUUGUGUGUAAAGUAUUUCUAAUUUAUUUUAUGAGGACUUUUGAAAAUACACAUGCUGCUUUGUAAUGGACAUAUUUCUUAAUAAAAUAAUUCUUGCGUUA